UCGACCCAAGAGCGAGAACAAUGAGUGCCUCAAAAACUAACGUUCUUCAAAAACUAACCGCCAAUACGAGCGACGUGACGUCGUUGGACUUCUACGGCAGUUCCCUGCUAGUGUCGGGAUCAAGUGACAAAACAGUGCGUGUAUGGCGUUGGACACCGGGCAGCGGUUUCCAGGAAGCUUCCUUCUCGCCCCUUCUGGGUCACCGUUAUGGCGUCACGAGCGUACGAGUGUCCCCGAAGGGUGGAGUACUAGCUUCCGCGUCGGUCGACGGAACCGUUAUCCUGUGGAAUCUGAAUAAUGGCGAGAUAUGUAACAUCAUUACUCAGGAAGGUGGUGAAUCCAUUCGUGCCUGCAUUUUUAGUCCCAACGGAGUGUCGAUCGUAGGCUCUGACGAUAGUGGUUCGGUAUGCAUCUGGGGACAGGAUAGACAACUCAUCAGACACGUGAAGGUGCACGAUGAAGCCGUUCAUACCAUGGCUUUUUCGAGCGAUUCAAACAUUUUCUUGACAGCGUGUACUUUGGGGAACGUUCGACUCUACGCCGUAGAAAAUAAUUUCACCAAUGAACUUGCUGCAGCCGACUGCUCGAUAGACGCGGCUCAUGAUAUGGGUGUUCUUUCGGCGGACUUUUGCAAAAUAGUUCACACCGAUCCCACCGAUAAACGGUCGUUAAUCUACACCGUAGCAACGUGUGGCACCGAUCAUAACAUCAAAAUUUGGCGCGUAUUCUUCAUGCCAAGCAACAUUGAUCGUAGUCGGGGUUCCCGACUGAUACCGACAACGCCUCAGGAACAUUUCGCUGGCCAAUCGUCCAUCUACAGCACCGUGGUUAUGAAUGCUAGUUGUGCUCAAACGAUUUCGGCCCAUGGGAGCUCCGUUACAUGUGUGCGAUUCAACCCGACCGGCACACUGCUGUUUUCCACCAGCCUAGACAAAACAAUCAAAAUCUGGAACCAACAGGGCACGUGCUUGAAGACGUUGAUGGCACAUUCCCGAUACGUUAACUGUCUGGCGGUAAACAGCAACUCAUCGGUGAUUGCCUCUGGAUCGAACGAUCGUACCGUUAUCAUCUGGGAUCUCACCGGAAAUCUAACGCUCGACUCACACAUCAGUGACGUUCGGUCACUGUUGUUUUCGAUGGCGUCGAAAAUGGCCGAAAUACCGCUCGAGUUCACCUGCCCCAUAACGCACGAGCUAAUGAAGGAUCCUGUCUAUGCCGAAGACGGAUUCACGUACGAACGGGCUGCUAUCGGGGAAUGGUUUUCGCGGGAGAAGACGAUCUCGCCGAUGACAAAUAUGGAGCUUUCGACCGACGAGUUGGUGGAAAACGGCAAGCUGAAGCAAAAAAUCGAGGACUACAUUCGUGCCCUAGAAGGACCAGAGAGCGUUUAGAGUGUCCAUUCAAUGAGCAGGGAUUUUGAAUACAGCAUUCGGAUCAGUCCUAGUGGCAUUGCUUGUUUGUAAGAUUAACUAAUUCAUAAUGCCGUUGUAUGCCCGCCAUGCUCCCGACACGUGCCACACCGCUGUAGGCUUUUGAGUUGCCUGUUUCCGCCUAGCUGGUGAUAAAAUGUGAUAGCGCCGCAUUGCAACGCGCCACGUACUUACCUUAACGACUUACCGAAAAAGGCUGCAGCCCACGAAACCACGCACACCAACAUGGACCAUUAGAGAAUUCCGGUAUAAACCUGCGUGUGCGUGCAAUAACGGGUGGUAGCAAUCAAUCGAACUUACCAUAUCUUGAAUUGUCCUAACCCUUAUGUCGAGAGGUGUUUUUUUAGUUCUGCACCUGCAACAAAAUGUAGUAAUCGCUUCGAACGAGCAAAUGGUGUUUUAAUAAGUGCCUGAAAAUGUGUGACUAACUGGGGUAACCAUUUUGUGCAACUCACAGCGCUGCGGGUACCGAACCGAUACCGUGCACGUGUACCUCACUGCGUUUGUAGCGUACAAAAGAACAGCCAGAGGGGAAGUGUUGA